CGAAGUUUAAGAAUUAUAUCUAAUGACGACCGCCACAGAUGGAAUAAUUCGAGGAAAUCUUGAAUAGACCUCCAUUAAAUACACCGGACAUCGAAGCAACACCUACACACCUUCCUAUAGAUAUCACUCUACCAACGGCCGAAGAAAUCACGAUGACUAUCAGACAAAUCAAGGGCGGGAAAGCAACAGGAUCUGACAAUAUACCAGCCGAAGCACUGAAGUCAGAUAUCGAAGUAGCUGCAAGUAUGCUUCACCUUCUAUUCAGGAAAAUUUGGGAGGAAGAACAAGUGCCGAUGGACUGGAAAGAAGGACACCUCAUCAAGAGACCAAAGAAAGAUCUGAGCAAAUGUGAGAACUACAGAGGCACUAACUACUGUCAGUACCAGGAAAAGUUUACAACAGUGUUGCUGAACCGGAUGACAGACUCAGUAGACGCCCAACUUCGAGGUCGGCAAGCUGGAUUUCGUAAGGAUCGGUCGUCGACAGACCAAAUCGCGACACUACAAAUCAUCGUCGGACAAUCAGUUCAGUGUAAUUCGUCAUUAUACAUCAACUUCAUUGACUAUGAAAAGUCAUUUGACACUAUGAUGUGCCUGAGAAGAACGUUAAUAUGAUACAGAAUUCAUGCGACAGACUACAGUGCAAAGUUGUGCAUAGAGGACAACUGGC